CAUCAAAACAACGGAAUAUUACUACUUUAUCCCUGUCCUUGUAGAAUCGGAAAAAAGUUGGUAUCCCGCACUGAACUCGAGCAAUCGUAAAAACCAAAAGCCUGCCGGAAAAACAGCCGGAGUGGUUCGUCGGCCGCCAGAAACAAUGGCUUCUGCAAAAACGAAUUUGUAAAACGGAUAGCCUGAAAUAUAAUCUCAAACCGAUAGUUUCUCUUCAUAAAAAUAGAAAAGGAAGCAAAAACACGACAAGAAGCAAAAACAAAAGGAUUUAAAAUGGAAUUGGCAGACAGAUCAGUUGGAUUUCUAUUGUCCUUUAUAAGCUUAUCGAUAUUCACUUAUUAUACUUUCUGGGUUAUCAUCCUGCCAUUUGUAGAUGGUGAUCAUUUCGUACACAAGUAUUUCUUACCCCAAGAAUAUGCCAUACUAAUACCGGUUUCGGCUUGCGUGGCUCUUCUUUGCCUCUUAUGCAUAUUUAUUGGGUUUGUGAUGCUCAAAUCCAAGAAGAAGAAGGCAUAAUGUAAGUUUUGCACAAUUUAUUUUUGAAGUUUUGAAACAACAAUGUAUCUCUAGCAUUUUACACCAGAAAGUGAAAUAAUUGUAACUUUGUAUGUCCCUGUGUGAGUGGAGGAGAGACAGACAUUUUGUUAAUUCCUGUCGAUGUCCUGAUUUACUUGCAACAUAUUAUACACACAUAUAUAAAUAGAAUCCAUAUGUUUUGACUUA